GUGAAAACAAAAGUCCAACGUCAAAAGUGGGAUUUUAGAUCAGAAGAUAAGAAGCUCAUCUUCCUAUUCUCUGCUCGAGAUCUCUGUCUCCGCAUCACCCGCGGAUUCCCGCCCGCUUCCUAACGAGUAACUAUCCCACUUCCCAGCUGAAACCUAUCCCCAUCCAUGGCGUCCACCAUAUUCAGCACUUCGUCGAGUCUCCCUACUGCUGUGAAAGGCUUGGAUUGCAACACCUACAAACCCACCCUGGGCAAUUUAAGGUUCAUCGCGUCGCCUAAUAAGAAAUCGAUCGCUGUUCCUUCUUCGUCUUCUCCGGCUCCGAAGCCGCUGUUUCCGGUGGUGAGAGCGACCAGCGAUGUACCGGUGAAGACGGGAUUGAGCGAUGCUGAAUGUGAAGCAGCAGUUGUCGCAGGGAACGUCCCCGAGGCGCCUCCUGUCCCGCCCACACCCCUUGCUCCCGCCGGGACUCCCGUGGUUCCUUCGCUUCCACUUUCCAGGCGCCCUCGUCGAACUCGAAGAUCACCUGCGCUUAGAGCAGCGUUUCAGGAAACCAGUAUAUCGCCGGCGAAUUUCGUUUAUCCACUUUUCAUUCACGAAGGCGAGGAGGACACGCCUAUUGGGGCAAUGCCGGGAUGUUAUAGGCUUGGAUGGAGACAUGGACUGUUGGAAGAGAUGGGCAGUCGGAAGACUUUCAAAUUGUAAUGCAUGCACAACAGCUGAGUAUAUCUGCUGACUAGCAGUUCGUCGCACACUACUAAAAUGUCUGAUGCAGGUUGCAAAGGCUCGGGAUGUUGGCGUGAACAGUAUUGUACUCUUCCCCAAGGUUCCUGAUGCCUUGAAGACCCCUACAGGAGAUGAAGCUUAUAAUGAUUAUGGUCUAGUUCCAAGGACCAUCCGAAUGCUGAAGGACAAAUUCCCUGGUCUUGUUAUUUAUACUGACGUUGCUCUCGAUCCGUAUUCCUCUGAUGGGCAUGAUGGUAUUGUGAGAGAAGAUGGAGUCAUAAUGAAUGAUGAGACAGUACACCAACUGUGCAAGCAAGCUGUUGCACAGGCUCGAGCAGGAGCUGAUGUUGUUAGUCCUAGUGACAUGAUGGAUGGCCGUGUUGGAGCUAUCCGUGGUGCUCUUGAUGAUGCAGGAUUUCAGCAUGUUCUAAUCAUGUCCUACACAGCAAAGUAUGCUAGUUCUUUCUAUGGCCCUUUCCGUGAAGCACUCGACUCAAAUCCACGUUUUGGUGGGAAAAAUGGAAGUUAUCAGAUGAACCCUGCAAAUUACAGAGAGGCUUUGGUUGAGGUUCAUGAAGAUGAAUCUGAAGGAGCUGAUAUUCUCCUGGUGAAGCCUGGUCUUCCGUAUCUCCAUAUCAUCCGGCAAAUCAGAGACAACUCACCUUUGCCGAUCGCUGCAUAUCAGGUCUCGGGUGAAUACUCGAUGAUCAAGGCUGGUGGGAUUCUGAAAAUGAUUGAUGAAGAGAAGGUAAUGAUGGAGUCCCUGUUGUGUCUCCGAAGAGCUGGAGCUGACAUCAUCCUCACCUAUUUCGCUCUGCAAGCUGCUAGAUGUUUAUGUGGCGAAAAGAGGUAAAAUGGCAGUGAACCGUUUUUUUUCCCCCUGUAAACUUACUAGAUUUAGGUUGACAUUUUGAAAUUGAGUGCCACUCAUUGUAUAAAAAGGGAGUAGGGAGGGGGAUGAUAUGUCCUCGUUGUGUUGAUCAUUCUGUAUUUGUUUGGACUAAAUGAUAUAUGAUCUAGUUUCAACAAUUCUAGUUGUAUCUAUUUGUAUCUCCUAGAGUUUCUUGUGUCUUGUGUUUGAAUUUCCAUAACUCCAAUUUAUUAAGCACAUGAGUCUAUGCAAAUUUC